AUGCUUAUCGUGGUGGUGGUUCUGUUCCUGCUGUGUUGGGGCCCGAAGCUCGUCAUGCAGAUGUGCAUUACCCUUGGACUGCGGCAGUUUAAUCAGGUGUUCUACAACUUCAACAUCGUGUUCGUCCUGCUCCCCUUCAUCCACUGCUGCAUCAACCCGAUCAUCUACUGCUUCAUGUCCAAAAACUUCCGCCGGUCCAUGAAACGCAUGUUUGGCAGUCCAUGGCGCUCCUGCCAACGCCGAGGCUGCUGCCCGACCCGCCGCCCACCGCCUGCCAACCUCCUGAACAGGGUCGUCACUCGAAGUAUCUACUCGUCCUACUCUCCCGAGGGAACGUCCCGCCACACCGACCUCGAGACGGUUUCGACCAUGUAAGCGAAUGAGGGAAGAGAAGGAGAUGAUGAUGAUGGUGAGACAUACAGAAGGAGGUUAAGAUGAGGAAUGAGGUUAGUCAUUAGGAGAAGAAUGAUAGCUCUUU